GCCGGCGCGUCUGGGGCGGGCGGCGACGCGAAACCCGCGCCACCAGGAGCUCCUUGGUCAAAACCCUCAUCUCCCAGCCUGCUAAACAUCUCCUGGGUCGUUCCCCAUAUAUAAACCAUGGUCUACAUCAAGAUAGACAACCUCCCUGUCUUCAAGGGAAUUUAUCUUCCUACUUACAUCUCGCACAACCAAGGCAUGGAGGGGAUCGCCGCGUUCAGCACAGUUUACUUCCUGGGGUAUAUCGUGCGCAAGCAGAUCCCCGCGCUCAAGAAGGCGGAGAAGGAAGCAGGACCCGUUACGGUCCUCCCGAAGACCCUCCCAGGCAAGCUGGUGACACCCCUGUUCACAGCGUGCGGCUUCAUCCCGAGCGCGGCGUAUGUGAUUGGCGUCCUCUCGAACAACUUCUACCUGCCCUCGUGGCUCGAGGACCUCUCCUUCCCGGUGUCGUUUGACCUCGCGGUCGGCAUCGGGGGCAAGUCCGCGCUGCGGACGCUCGCGGCGGUGGCGCAUAUCGCGCUCGCGCACCUCGGGGUGGGCAGCACGUUGCGAGCGCUGGGCCCGCAUUUCCAUCCUGUGGGGGUGAGGGAGAAGAGCCGCGUCGUCUCGUCAGGGCCGUACGCCGUCGUGCGUCAUCCUAUGUAUGCCACCUUCCUCGCGCAGCUGGCCUGCCAAUCUGUCUUGUUCUGGUCAUGGAUGCCCAUCGCCAGCUUGGGCGUCGCUUUUGGUGCUCUGCUGUACAAGAUUCCUCUCGAGGAACACUUGAUUGAGGACAACCUGGCCACGGGCUGGGAGUAUACCGAAUACAAGAAGCGUGUCCCGUACAGACUUAUCCCGUACGUCUAUUAGGUAGAGGGCACCUUGCCCGCGAGGUGUACCCGAGGAAGCUGUAUAUGUGAAUGUAACAGUCCCACCCACGACUUGAACGGGAAUAUGUUGUGUUCACUCGCAAAACACUCAGAGCAGCUUCGGGAGAGACGCGCUCAGAAGCCCUUCUUACUGCAUAGUUUGCCCACUCUCCUUCCUUCACACCCCAGUGAAGUAUUAUCGUCUUCAUUUGUCUAAUGAUUAUGUGUAGCUUCUUGCUUGGGUAUCCUCAAGCCUGCGACU